UCAAUUUUAUGAUUACUCUUUGUAUAAUUCAUGAUUGUAUUAAUAGUUUGUGUUCUUGUAGAUUAUCCCAUCAGAUUAGUCAAGGGGAAGGAGAAAUGCUCUGGAAGAGUUGAAAUCUUCUACAGCGGCUCCUGGGGAACAGUCUGUGAUGACUACUGGGACAUGAAUGAUGCUAAAGUAGCUUGCAGUCAGUUAGGCUGUGGUCCGGUAGUUAAUGCUACUACACAAGCGUACUUUGGUGAAGGUACCGGACAAAUCUGGCUUGAUGAUGUUGGCUGUCUGGGAAUGGAAACUUCUCUUACUCGGUGUUCAAACAGAGGAUUUGGGACACACAACUGCGUACAUGGGGAGGAUGCUGGUGUGGUUUGUGAAAGUAAGAUUGGAUUUUUACUAUUUUCAUCAUUCACACUGCAAAUAAUACAACUGAUUAAGGCGGGAUGCAUAAUUCUAGACUCAUGUGCUGCAGUCAGAACAGUUGACUAUCAGUCUAGUUUUUGUUCUGGACGAGUAGAAAUCUAUUACCAAAAUGAAUGGGGAACAGUUUGUUCCAGUAACUGGAAUUUGAAUGAUGCUGAGGUGGUCUGCAGACAGUUAGGCUGUGGCCCAGCAAUUUCGCCCAACGCUUUUCAAAUGGAACAAGGUACUGGAAAAAAAUUUCCUCCAUGA